UUCUGUGGACCCCACUCCACAUUGAAUCCUUGUCUGUUUGUCUUCUGAGUGCCUUCUGCGGAAAGGACCCUGCACAACUUAUAGUUUGCUGAUCGAAACUGAAUUAAUGAAGGCUGGGCCCCUCCAAUUGAAUUCGUAGACUUUGUGUGGCAGCCAUUAAAAGACUGGUUCUAUUCUAAUACUCCACCGUCAUUCAAACAUUUUCCUUUUUUUUUAUAAGUAAUUUUUUGUUUUUAGGUUUUAAGCUUCUUUUCAAGAUGGAAGAACUUUCUAAGGAGAGAAAAAUUCCACCAAGAUGACAAAUGUAACGAUAAAUCAAAAGGGGCCAAACUCCUCAAAGCACUCUACGGUGUACCAAACAUUCAGAACCUUCUAAUGUCGGUAAAUAAUCAUGUCUUGAAUUUGUUUAACUGCAUUUCAAAGCAGAACUCAGCAGAUUAAUUCAUCUCCUUCAAAACAUAAUCACUUCUUAUUAGCUUUAUAUACCAAACCAUUUUCUUUCUCCUCGAAACUUCAACUGUUAUCUGCAAUGGCUACAAAAGCUUCACUGUUUCUUUUCUUUGUCAUGCCCAUCCUCCUCCUUGUUAUAUUCUCAUCUACGCCUGUUUGGGAAGUUUUAAAUCGCUGUCUGAAUUUGGGUGAGGAGAAAAUGGUAUUUUAUGUACAGGAAGCAGCGAAUGGAGCGAAUGCCACUGUAUCUAUAGCUGGGGGAAAGAACAGCGCAUCUUCGAGUGUCUCAACCUUUGGAACAAUUUUUGUCAUAGACAACCCCAUUACUGAAGGAUUGGCCAACACCACAAAGAUUUUAGGAAGGCUUCAAGGAGUGGAGGCAAAUUCGGCUCUUAAUGGCACCAAUUUUCAUCUGGGUGCCUCUCUUUUAUUUGAGAAUGGCGGCACCCUUGAGAUCCAGGGGAUAAUCAAAACUCAGGUGGCUCAGAGGGAGCUCUCUGUGGUUGGAGGAACUGGAAAAUUCAGAUACGCUCAGGGAUUUGUUUCAGUUGAAAUUGUAGCAUCUGAUAGAAUCAAUCUUACUUUUAAGUUCACCGUUACCAUUAGAUCACAUCUGCCAAUUUUCAAGCAACUAUUCGGUGGCCUUUGAACAGAGUUCAAUCGGUUUCUUGCUUAACCGAGUCAAUUGUCAAGGGUUUCGUCGACGGUUUCAAAUGAUGUUAGAGAAGCUCGUCUAUGUGGGUUUGGUGUAUCUCAGCGCCCAAAACUUCUUAUUUUUAUUUUCUCGCCUUUGCUAUGAAGCUCUUUAAUAGUAUUUAUAUGUUUUAUAAACUAUUCGGAUCACCUGUCUUCAAGCCACUUAAAUAAAAGCUGCAGGGCAGCCUAGUUUUUGUUUU